AUGUCUCAAGAACAACAAUCGUCCGUCAAAAGAUCAAUCGUCCGUACGGAAUCGCCUCCGCCAUCCGUCAUGGUUCAGGAGAAGAUGACCAUCACACGCGAGAACGCAAUAGCAGCUGUCGGCAGCCUGAUUGAUACAAUCAAUAAUUCAGCUUGGGAUGUCAAUCAGAAUAACAAACUCCAAGAGACGCUUGCGGAGCAGAUGGUUAUGGUACUGCCGCCAGAGAUAAAGGAGGACCUGGCCAUUUGGGCAAAUAGGACCCGGUUCAUCCACGUCAAAGACUGGGUAAAGAGAGCUACGGAGGACAAACACUAA